AUGUCUUCGUUCGAAUCCAACUGGGUAGUCGUGCGCGGAUUUCGCACUGGCGUGUUCUCGGCAUUUGAUGCCGAACGUUUCACCCGCAAUAUCCCGGAUGCGUACGCUGUGUCCUUUGAUAGCGAGGGUGAAGCGUAUCACUAUUGGGAGAACGCUUAUUCCCAUGUUCAGGCGAGGAUUCCUGACGGAUGGUGCUUCACGCAUGAUAGCCUCGAAUUAUUUCAGCGGCCCAACGACUUGUUGGGAGCCGCUCGCAUCGGCGAGCUUGCAAGAAACGACGCUACCUCGGGCCCCCGCGUGUAUCGUGACUGGGACGUGCUGCCCGACGUCCCUCCAUUUUUUCCGCACGGGGCCAAUCGUCUCGGCCGGUCGCUUGCCGUUCCCGCGCCCUCCGCUAUACACUCUGAUACUACAUUCUGGACCGUGACGUCUAGUUCUCUGAGUGCGGGUCGCAGAGCGUACUCUGUAGAGCCCGCGGACCCCAUACAAUAUACCGCCGUUGGUACCUCUGGCCCUCUCAGCUUCCACUUAAGCGCACAGCCCCCUUCUUCGACGGCUCCCCUAGCCAAUUCUGCCCCCCCGGCGCAAACCGAUGCGCUGCUCCCUGCGCCUGCACAUCGCUCACAACGAGGUCCUCGAGCGGCUUCCUCCCUUCCCCAUCAACUGCGCUUUAGCGAACCUCGUGGCUACGCCAUCGAGCGUGCUCCCGUUAAUGAGCGCCCAACGCCCACCCUAUCUGAGCGCACAAGUAUGCUGGGUCGCUUUGAGACAAUGUCACUCUCUGACUCAGACGCGGGCGCCCAUGGCACGGGCGCGUCUCCCUCCGUCACGCAUGCGCAAGUACGGGCGUCCUCCUCGCUCAGCGCUUCAACUAGUAGCAGUCAUACGCUCCCAUCGUACGCACCCAGCUUCCCGCAUUUGUCUCGUUCACGCAGUGAUUCAUCUGAUACGUACGUCAGCACCACAUAUGUCUCUGGCGAACCCGUGCACAACGACGAGAGCGUGAGGGCUUCAACAGCCAUACCGUUACCAACGGAGCAGAGAGCAGGGCCGCCAGUUGCAAUACGCUCUGGCUCGUACAGCGGGGACGCUCAGAAACGGAAACAGUCUGCCGUCUUAACUUCGGCGUCGCAGAUUGGGCUGUCGUCUUCGGCGCAGCAAGCACCGCCUUCGGCAUCAGCGCGAGGAGCCAGUCCGCCACAGAGCUCGCAGACAAAGACAUAUGUUGAUAAGAGAGGCUCUAAGCCAGUGCCUCUUUGGGCAUGGGACCGAUCUGUUCACAGCGCGGAUGGCUACUUGGUGUUCAAACGGAGCGAGCUGCGCGAUUUACCGAGCGCGAUUGGAGGAGGCCGCCCUGCCUAUUCCGGGCCCGUUCCUAAACCGCCUGAUGGGCCUUGGCUUGAUGCUCCUCUCUGGCCGUUUGCUGUUGUUGGACGCGGUCGUGCGCCUGGGAUCUACGCAACGGAAGAGGAUGCGGGUAUCGCCCGUGGCGACUCCGGCUGGUGGCGAACACUGGGUUGGCCGUCUGCGUAUGCUCUCUUACAAGAGGUUGUUACGCGCGGCCGCAUCGACGUGCGACCGUAG